ACUGACUUAAAACAAACUCCUAUAUUGCUGAAAAGGUACUUGUAAGUUAGUAUUGUCGUAUUUCAAGAGUGCUAAGUAAUUUGCAUUGGCCAUACAGUAAUGCAUGUUAGUGUCUAUUGUUUGCUAAGAUUAAAUUAAUUCAGAUGUAUUCAGAGAACAUAACCCAAGUUUAUUCCUCCUGUUAGAACCGAUUUUAUAAUAAGUAUAAUAAGUGAUAUAGUAAUUAAAAGCAGUGUUGGUUUCUGCACAGCACUAAUUGAAAAUACGAACAAGCUUCUUCUAUAAAAAUCAUCCAGCAGCUGAAUGAUUAUUAUUUAUUCAUUCAUAAACCAAAUAAAAUAAAAUAAUAGUUUUACUCUCUUCAGUCCUGAAAAGUUUCAAACAUGGCAACAAAUUCGUUUCAAUGACAAAACCUUGAGUAAUGCAUCAGCCUAAACUUUGCUCCUCCUACAGCUCCCACUUUAUCUGUGAGGGUGGGAUGGGCUGAGGGUGUGUGUGUGUGUGUGUGUGUGUGUGCGGUAGUACAUAAGCAGAGGGAGAGAAAGUGAGACCAGGAUAAGACCACAGUGGCUGAGAAGUGAUGAUCGGUCACACAGCCAGCCGCUGCGCUCUGCUGCUCUGAAUCCGGCUGAUUAUUUUUCACCCUUUCACCGUUUCUCCUCCACUUUUCUUCCUCACGUCGUUUCACUGAAACCAGAGCAACAGGAUUGUUUUUGGUGCUUGAGGAGGAGCUGAAAGAUGAAAAUGGGAAAAAGAAACAGCUGAGAUAAUCCUGGACCGCUCCAAACAUUCCCAAACUGAAUCAUUUCCUGCUGCUUUUCAUCGGCUUCGUCAGUUUCCUCCUCAGCUUCUUCAUGGACAGAGUUUUCAUGCGCAUGAAGCUGCCAGGAUACAUCAUGGACUAAGAACAUGGACAACAGAAAUUUACCAAACAGAAUCAUAGAAUCAGUUAUAAAUAAAGGUGACACUUACCCAAAUCUUAACCCAUUCAGGACUUGCUGUAACAAAGAGAAGAAGUGAAGAUGAACUCCACGGCUCAGCAAGGCUUGAUCCCAUGCUACCUGAACCGGAGCCGGUGCCUAGGAACUCUGCCAGAGAAAGACGUUUCCAGAGAGGAGAAGGAUUCCUCUGCUGGCUGCUACGAGCAGCUGCUGAUUUCCACCGAGGUCUUUCUCACUUUGGGCAUCAUCAGCCUGCUGGAGAACAUCCUGGUGAUCGCCGCCAUCAUCAAGAACAAGAACCUCCAUUCCCCAUUGUACUUCUUCAUCUGUAGCCUGGCGGUUGCUGACAUGCUGGUCAGUGUCUCCAACGCCUCGGAGACGAUCGUCAUAGCGCUGAUCAACGGCGGCAGCCUCACCAUCCCCGUCACGUUCAUCAAAAGCAUGGACAACGUGUUCGACUCCAUGAUCUGCAGCUCUCUGUUCGCCUCCAUCUGCAGCUUGCUCGCCAUCGCCAUCGACCGCUACAUCACCAUCUUCUACGCCCUGCGGUACCACAACAUCGUCACCAUCCGGCGGGCGUUGCUGGUCAUCGCCAGCAUCUGGACGUGCUGCACCGUCUCUGGCAUCCUGUUCAUCAUCUACUCGGAGAGCACCAUGGUGCUCAUCUGCCUCAUCACCAUGUUGCAGCAGCACAGAUUGAAAAUGCUUCGGCAUAUGAUGUUUUUAAAGCACAUUAGACAGCUAAGAAUGAGAUAAGAGACUAACUUUGUUACAACUGAGAUUACUUUAUGUCUCCAUUGGUUUUUGAACAUGGAACCAUUGGGGUAGGACUUUAUAGCAUCGCCACAUAAGGUGAUAUGACAUUACUCUUAACUGUAAUCAUAAUAUUGACCUAUAAGGUGAUAAUACCUUAUAAGGCAACCACAGUAUUGCAUUAUAAAGCGAUCAUUACAUUAUAAUUAUAACUUACCCUUAUAAGGUAAUCCUGCAAUCACAACUCUGUCUUAUAAGGCGAGUUUUUCUCUUUAAAUUAAUCACACCAUUGAUUUCUGAGGUAACCAUAACUUUGCCUUAUGAUGUAAUCAAGGAUAAAAAUAAUGCCUUAAAAGGUAAUCAUACCAUUGUUUACUGACACAACCAUGAUAUUGCCAUAAAAGGAGGCCUAUUGCUUCAUAAGGUUAUGAGAACAAUCACGCCCUCUCUUGUACUCGCUUUUUUUUUUUCAUUUUUGGCCACCUUUAUUCAACUGAAAGUUUACAAAACAGCCAAAUAAAUUAGUGUUUUAAAACUUAAUUCAGUUAAAGGAAGCUAGGUGUGCUAAAUGUUUGCAAGUUUAGCAAAGGUGCUAAACGAAAUAUUAGCUCUGCUAUUAAUAGCAGAGCUAAUUAUAAUGUGAUUGUGCUAAUUGCAAUGCGCUAAUUAGCACAUUAGCAGGUUAGCGGAAGUAUACCCACCGCUUUGAUUUCAUCACAGCACAAAUUUCAAGAACAGUAUUGGUCUCUUUCCAGCACAAAUCAGCUAAACUUUAUUAUUAAACUAUUUUCUUUUAUAGCAGGCAGACUUUCAGUACCAAAUAAGAAUUGUUUACUUCAAACCCUCAGGCAAAAAAGUAAUGUCAUUAAGUUAAAAGUUGUCAAAGAAAGUUCAACAUUGCACAAUGUUGAGCUAAAAAAAGAAUCUGAAAUAUUUGAUGGCACCAUUCACAGGUUCAAACAGGGUAAAAAAAAAAUCUGCUUGUUUCUGAUCUACGCUCUUGUAAGUUUGUGUAAGUAUUUGUAUAAAUUUGCACAUUUGAGUUAUUCACACUGGCACCUUUAAGCAUGUGGUUAUAAGUAAGUCUAUUUUUCAGUGUGUUUGUGUGAAAGGGAGGAGUAUAAUUAAUGUAGGUUUUCUCUGUGUGUCUGACCUGCUGCUUUUUUAAAUCUUUGCCUUAAUGGUGUUGCACUGUGAUAUAAAAAGAAACCGUAUUCUGUAUGAAAGUGUCUCAGAAAAAAAAGAUUAUGUACAGUUUUGAUGUUUUAAGUGUUGCCUUUUUAAUGUGCACCUCUGUAAACUUGAAUUGCAUUCAAACGCUCACAAAACGCACAAGAGAACAGAUGUAAACAGGGUGUCUUAUCAGCUCCGCCUGACAUGUGACUCAUGCAACUGAAAAACAUGUUUUGUAUUUUUUUUCCCAUCAGUGCGUACUGUGAAUCACUGCUGCUGUGACUUGAAUAAAUCAUAAUGCAACCUGA